AAUUAAAAGAUAUGGAUAGCUUGGAAAAAAAAAAAUUCUUUCGGACUUCUAUUGCAUAUUACAACAUGCAUUGACGAUUAUAUUAUUCCUUGCUUUUUUUUUCUCAUACUUGAUACAGUUAUUAUUAUUAUUAUCAUGGAAACACUUUUAGCAUCAUGUCAUGAUAUGCAAAAGAAGCAAGCUUUAAUGCAGGAUACAAUACUUGUUAAGCUUAAUUCUUUCAAACAAUUAUUAGAAGAAAAAAAAAAUUCACUUACAACUAAUGAAAAAAGUUGUAAUCCACAAAAAGAAAUGUUACAAAUUCAAGAAUCUGUUAAGAGAUUCGGUUUUCAGAAACCUCAAAAGGACUAUCAAGGUUCUUUGCAGAAACUAAACAAAGAUGUUGAUAGAAAAUUUAAACAAGAUAUUUCAGUCAUAUAUCAUCCUGAAGCAUUUGCAGACAAAGAAAAUUUGAUUUACCGUGCAUUAGCUUUACAUUUCAUAAGACAGGGUCAAUUUAAAUUAUGCAAUGAAUUUAUGGAUGAAGCUGGCAUAUCCGUUGAUGAUGACUUACGCGAAACUGUAGAAAAGCUUAAAAAUGAAUUUGAACAAUUGUAUACCAUUUUAAAUCAAAUUGAAAAAGAACAAGAUUUAACAGCUGCCAUAAGUUGGGCUGAAUCACAUGAUGAAGGAUUAAAAAGUUUAGGCAGUACUCUACAGUUUAAUUUACAUCGCCUAAAAUUCAUUCAACUAUUAACAACAACUGAUGCAAUGACAGCAAUAAAUUACGGUAAAAAGCAUUUCUACAAGUUCGGAGAAAAGCAUUACCCAGAAAUCAAAAGGUUGAUGACUGCACCUUUAUACAUCAAUAAUUUAUCAAAUUCUCGUUACUCUGAUAUGUCUUUACCUUCAAACUGGGUAGAUAUCAAACAACAAUUCCAAAGAGACUUUUGUUCUCUUUUAAAAAUGAGUGCUGAAAGCCCUCUUUAUACAAGUGUCUUUGUAGGUACAACUGCUUUACCAGUCAUUAUGAAAGUAUAUACUAUUAUGCAUAAUAAGAAAACAGAAUGGAGUGCACAAGAUGAAUUACCAGUUGAAAUUCCAUUAAUAGAAGAGUUAAGAUAUCAUUCUGUUUUUGCUUGUCCAGUAUCUAAAGAGCAAGCAACUGACACUAAUCCUCCCAUGAUGAUGCCCUGUGGACAUGUUAUUUGUAAAGAAAGUUUAACUCGACUUUCUAGAAGCAGUCGAGCUACUUCAAAGUUUAAAUGUCCUUAUUGUCCUUCUGAAUCAUCUGCAGAUCAAGCAGUCCAAGUUUAUUUUUAAAAAAAAAAAAAAUACACAAUAAAACAAAGAUAUACAUGUAGAUUAUCUGAAUAUGAUUAAGGGAGACUAUCUUUUACUAACUAUGAUAAAAGUGAAUAUGCGUAAUAUAACAGAAAUUACAUCAACUUGAUUAGGCCUUUUGAAAUAAAAUUCUUGGCUUAUGUCUCUUAAGCUUUGUAGUUAUUGACAUUGUUUGGAAAGUAUUGUUGCUGCUAUAAUAAUCAGUCUUAGGUUAAUCACUUUAUAUUCACUUGAGACAAGUACAUGACUGUAUAUAUUUUUUUUUAUUAAAUUUAGCCUUUUAUAAGAUCACAUAGUGUAUCCCUUUUUCUUCCUUUUAGUUUAAACUACUGUAAAUUCUGUUUUUUUUUCUUCUUCUUCUUCU